GCUGCGUCAGUAACUGCAGAGUCUCCGCCCGGAGCCGCAAUCCGCAAAACUGCAGCAGCGCGAGGGACGGACGGACAGAGAGUGGACACGGGCCGGAGGGACGGACGGACGGACAGAGAGUGGACACGGGCCGGAGCUAUGGACCCAGGUCCCCGAGCGCUGUUCCCGGCGCUUCUCCUCCUGAGCGCGAUCUCCUGCUCAGCCGAGCAAUGUAAUGAACCCCUUGUGGCUCAAGAAUACUCGAGCUCCAUGACGGCCUCCUCCUAUUACUCAUAUUCCUACUCGCCCAGCUACGGAAAACUGCACUCGAGAGGUGGCUGGUCUCCCCAGGUUUCAGACCGACUCCCUUGGCUCCAGAUUAACUUGUCGCAGAGAUCAAAAAUCACUGCAAUCGCCACACAAGGAACAUACAAUUCUUAUGAUUGGGUGACUAAGUACAUCUUCUUGUAUGGUGACCGGCCAGACAACUGGACACCAUUCUAUCAGCAGGGACAUAACUGGACUUUUGCAGGAAACCGGAAUUCUGAUGAUGUGGUUCGACAUGAGCUAUGGAGACCGGUUCUCGCACGCUCUGUCCGCUUUGUGGCCCUGGGCUGGAGCGUCAAUCGUUACGUUGGGCUUCGGGUCGAAGUCUACGGCUGUCAUUAUGAUUCUGACAUGGUCUCUUUCGAUGGGAACAGUUCUCUGAGCUACCAAUUCCAGGAUGAAAAUACUCGCUCACUCUUCGACUCCAUCUCAUUCAACUUCAAAACCAUGGCUCAGGACGGACUUCUCCUACACAGUGAGGGUGAAGAGGGAGAUUAUAUCACGGUGGAGCUCCAGGGAGCAAAGCUUCUGUUUCACAUUAAUUUAGGCAGCAGCAAUAUCCAUUCAGUCAGUGGAGAGACUUCCAUCACAUUGGGCAGUUUACUCGAUGACCAGCACUGGCACAUGGUCCUCAUUGAGCGCUAUGGACAGGACAUUAAUAUCACUCUCGAUGGUCAUGUUGAACGUCUUUUCACAAAUGGUGACUUUGAUCACCUAGAUUUGAAUUCUCUGAUUGUUUUUGGUGGAUUGAAUACCACAGAGACACUGAGACUGGUCGACAAGCCAAACUUCCAGGGCUGUAUGGAGAACAUUAUGUACAACAACAUCAGUAUCAUCGACCUGGCGAGAGCAAGAUAUUCACAAACACAGACGCUGGGUGAUGUACGUUUUCACUGCCGUGAAUUCCUGUACAAGGAUAGGCCAUUCUACCCCUUAACCUUCGCAACGCAAGCCAGCUUUAUCCAAGUACCAGGAAUACCAAUGCAGAACCAGCUAUCUGUCAACUUCAGUUUCCGAUCUUUAGACACAAGUGGUCUGCUUCUUUUCAGCAACUUUUCUGAGGGUCUUGGCUGGCUGGAGAUGGGUUUAAGUGAAGGACAAAUCAACAUCUCAUUCCAACAAACUGGCAAGAAAAGACUGGAGUUUGCUGCAGGUUCGAACUUGACUGAUGGACACUGGCACUCAGUUCAGCUGCUGGCCCGAAUGGAUUCUGUUGUUGUUGUCAUUGAUGAGAGGGAGGAUUCACCGAUACGGAUCAACCAUGCUUUACGGGUGCAGACUGGUGAUCAGUACUACUUUGGAGGCUGCCCCACAAGUGUAAGGAACUUGGGGUGUUUUUCAAAUGUGAGUAUGUUCCACGGCUGCAUGCAACACAUCCAUGUGGACAAUUAUCGUGUGGACCUGGAGCUAGUAAAAAGACGCAAACUAGGAAGAUAUGCAGAGAUGCUAUUUAACACGUGUGGAGUUGCAGAUAGAUGUACCCCAAAUUUGUGUGAACAUGGAGGAAUUUGUCUGCAGACUUCAGAUGAUUUUGUGUGUGAUUGUGAGAGAACAGGAUACACAGGCCCAACCUGUCAUAACUCCUUCUAUCCUGAGUCAUGUGAUGGGUACAGAAAACUGGGCGUGCGAACAUCUGGAAACUACACUAUUGACCCUGAUGGGAGUGGUCCUUCCAGACCCUUUACUGUUCACUGCAGAAUGACAGAACAUAAAGCCUGGACAAUUGUUUACCACCAACAGCAGCAAGAGGUCAAAGUAACUGGUUCGACUUUAGAUCAGCCUUUUGUGGGACAGAUCAAAUAUUACAACAACACAGAGGAAGAGAUUUCUGCAAUAACUCUAGCAGCUGAGUAUUGUGAACAGAGUAUCUCCUUCUCCUGCUAUAGGUCCCGCCUCCUCAACAGUCCAUCUGGGCUGCCUUUCUCCUGGUGGCUGGGCCGUGGAUUUGAGAAACAUUUCUAUUGGGGAGGUGCGACUCCUGGGAGUCAAAGAUGUGCCUGUGGGAUGGAGAAGAGCUGCACUGACCCCAAGUAUUUCUGUAAUUGUGAUGCAGACUACAGACAGUGGAAGACUGACCGAGGUUUGCUCAGGUACAGGGAGGACCUACCAGUCACAAAAGUUGUUGUUGGUGACACAAACCGUUCCGGCUCUGAGGCGCGAUUUACUGUGGGUCCUUUGCGUUGCUAUGGAGAUGGAGGUUCCUGGAACAUGGCCUCGUUUGUUUCAGGGAAUUAUCUUCAAUUUCCGAGCUUCAAUCCCGGGCCUAGUGCAGACAUCUCACUUUAUUUCAAAACAACAUCAUCCCAUGGUGUCUUUCUGGAGAAUUCCGGGUACAGAAACUUCAUCCGCCUGGAACUGAAAUCAGAGAAGGUGGUUGCAUUUUACUUUGAUGUGGGUGAUGGCCCAGAGGAACUACAGGUGGAGUCAGAAACCCUUCUGAAUGAUGAUGCUUGGCACUUUCUGGAGGCAGAGAUCAAUGUGAAAUUUGCCCGUCUACGGCUGGAUGAGUCACCAUGGCGACUGAGAGAGGCCCCACCACAAAGCUAUGUAUCCCUAGAGCUGGACAGGCCACUGUUUGUGGGAGCUGCCGAGUAUCGGCUGAAUGCAUUUUUUGGCUGCCUGCGUGGUCUCCGAAUGAAUGGAGAAAUCUUGAACCUGGAGCGGGAAGCUAACAUUACAGAGGGAGUGAAUGCAGGCUGUGUGGGAGAGUGCAACAGUACUGGGGUGCUGUGUCAGAACGGAGGCAGAUGCAUUGAGCGAUACAGCACAUACAGCUGUGACUGUAAUUCCAGCGCCUUUGAUGGGAUGUACUGCCAUAAAGUUAUUGGUGGGUAUUUUGAACCAGGAACCUAUGUUCGUUACGGUUUCCAGACACCGUUCACAGCAGCAGCAGGAGCAUUUGCAAAUAUGAUGGUUCCACUCAGUCACAGUUUUAACUCGACCAGUGAGGAAAUUAUCUUCAGUUUCAAGACGUCACAGACACCAAGUGUCCUCAUGUACAUCAGCUCCUUCUCCAGAGAUUAUCUUGCUGUGAUCAUCAAACAUGAUGGGAGCUUGGUGCUUCGGUACCAGCUCGGCUCCUUCCCCAACCCAUACACCAGGAUCCUGGUCAAGGAAAAUGUGGCUGACGACAAAGCUCAUUGGGUCAACAUCACCCGGCGAGACCGGGACAUCUACACACAGGUGGAUGACCGUCCGAUUGUCCGCGACAAGAUUUCUCUCUGGGGCGAUAAGAAAUUUGAUUCGCCGAGGUCCCUCUUCCUGGGUCGAGUGAUGGAGAUAGGUGUUCUGGAUCCUGAGAUCCAGCGGUUUAACAGUCCAGGUUUCACUGGGUGCUUGGCUGGAGUCAACUUCAAUGGAAUUGCCCCAUUAAAGGCAGCCCUGAGAACAAACACCAACCAAACUGUGGAGGUUUUGGGGGAGUUGGUGGAAUCAAACUGUGGGGCUGUCCCCAUAAUUCUAUCGUCAGUCCUUCUGGAUGAAGAUCCUUGGGCUCCGCAACCAGGCACUCCACUAUUUGGAUACGAUUACCUGACUGGAGCUAUCAUUGGAGUCAUUGUAGCAGUCAUCCUCUUCGUUAUCCUCGCGCUAUUGGUCUUGCUGUUCCUCUACUAUUACCGACACAAGGGCAGCUACCUCACCAAUGAGGCCAAACCCCUGGAACCUUCCAAUGGGGCCAAACCUGUCUCUCUGAAGAAAGACCAAAACCUUCCGCAGAUACUGGAAGAGACUAAAACUGAAUAAUUGGAGCUGAGUUUGCGUUGUGUCAAGAGUGGGAUAUAAGAGAAUCUCUGACUGAGAUGCAGUCCCUUAUUAAAUAGGCUCUGUCUGAAUGAUUAAACAUUCCUUAUUUAUAGAGAAACGGGGAAAAGAAUUUACAAAACCACAUCACAGGUUUUAGUAACACGCUUGCUUGUGUCUGCUCCUGAAGAAAACUUUCUAAUUGGCAAUUUUUUAAAGGAUUAUGUGGAAUCUAAUGCUGCUAAUUAAGACGUAAACUGAGUAGAACCCGUAUCUAUAUAUGAAUUGCUGCUGCUGCUAGUUACAGUGGGGAACAUUCUCCUAGUUCAAACUAUAAUCAAUGCACCUACUAUACUCGCUGCUACUCUCGUGCAUGAAAGAUAUCUACAAUAUGCAGUUCACGUUGAC